CACCCUAAUCACCUAUAACCACAAGGAUUUUUCUUGAUGGUGAAUAUUUUGCAGUAUACUUUUUCCUUUCCGUAGCUGAUUCGUAUUGUUGUCGUGCGUAUUAACCUAUGGUAUUUUGCGAAACUUCCAGCGGAACGAGUGCUGCUUCUAGAAAGCAGGGACAUUAUCCAAAGUGCAGUGUGAAUCGAAGUGUCGCAAUAAAUCGGAUUACGAAGCGAAAAAGUACUCCGAUAAGAGGCAAAAAGUGUUAUCACUGCGAAGAAUGAGUCAUCUUCUAUUGUUUUGCAGUUUCGAGUAUUAGAAUAAUCGGAAUUUUAUGAGUAUUGAGUAAAGAGGUGCAGCGUUUUAGUCUUGUGAUAAGAGCUUUCGACGAAAAUUACUCAGCUUCAAUAAAAGUAAUUAUUCGGCAAAUUAAAAUAAAUUAUUUCUACAGUGGUAAGUGCAAAGCGAUAGAAAUAGUAACAUCAUCAGCGAUUGACCUAGAGAAAACAAAAAAAAAAAUAGGGAGCAAUGAAAAAAUUGAUUUCCAAGUUCGAAACCAAGAACGAAGCAACCCCAAGUAAGGAAACAAAUAGUUUUGUUGGAAAAACCUUCAAACUCAGCAGGGAUAAUGUGGUUACUGUUGAGGAGGUGUUGGCUGAAGGCGGUUUUGCUGUUGUAUUUCUAGUCAAAGGACAAAACAGCCAGAGAUAUGCUUUGAAGCGUUUGUACGUCAAUAACGAACAUGACCUGGGUGUUUGCAGCCGAGAAAUUAAGAUUGCCAGCAAUCUUAGCGGCCACAAAAACAUCAUCGGUUACAUUGACCACAGCAUCAACCCAAAAGGUAAUGGAGUGCACGAGAUACUGUUACUAAUGCCUUACUGUAAGACAAAUCUUCUGACGUUGAUGAAUGCCCGAAUACCGAAUGGAUUUAGUGAGCAGGAUGUCCUUCAAAUUUUCUGUGAUGUAGCAGAAGCUGUAGCUCGGUUGCACCAGUGUCAAACUCCAAUAAUUCACCGGGACCUAAAAAUUGAAAACAUUUUGCAAAAUGAUAUUGGAAACUUUGUAUUGUGUGAUUUCGGUUCGGCUACAGCACGAAUUUUAAAUCCAAAUACUCACGGCCGGACAAUGGUCGAAGAAGAAAUACAAAAGUACACGACUCUCUCGUAUCGUGCACCGGAAAUGAUAGACUUAUUUUCUGGACACGACAUCACUGUUAAAGCAGAUAUUUGGGCACUCGGCUGUUUGUUGUAUAAGCUAUGUUUUUUUACGCUUCCCUUUGGUGAAAGUGCUUUAGCUAUUCAAAGUGGUCAAUUCAGUAUUCCUGACAACUCAAAGUAUUCCAAGGAAAUGCAUCAGUUGAUCCGCUAUAUGCUGGAACCAGAUGCUGAAAAGCGCCCUAAUAUAUAUCAGGUUUGUGAAAUAGCUUUUAGAAUUGCAGGGAAAACCAAUCCUGUACGCAAUUUGACGAAAUCUGCCGUGCCAGCAAUAGAGUCUCUAACCGUUCCGCCAUUAGAAAGUGAAUCAAAACGUGUUCCGGUUGUCUUGGGAUGUAAUAAAGCAGCUAAAUCUGCAGUCACUCACGCUGAAGGUGGCACAUCUGUUGCUCCUCGCCAACGUCCGAAAGCAUCUCAAGCUACAGUCAACAAUAGUUUUUCUUUAGGGCUCCCACCAAAUCCAUCACCGAAAAAUAUUCUUUCUUCGCCAACUCCAGGUGUAGCAUCUGUAGUUCCACAGGAACAGAAAACUACUCAACCAGAGGGAUUUGUAGCUAGUUUCACUGCGAAUUUUCCACCACCAGAUCAGGAAAUAUCGGGAAGCAACCUGUUCCAACCAAACUUUCCUGAUCCAUUUCGGGAAGCAAGUACAGUCGAAGAUCUUCCCCAUACCCAAAAUGAUUCUUCUAACUCCAAUGUUGCGACCAGAGAAUCGUCGACAUCCUCUGUUCUUCAGUCACCUAUCCACGCCGCAAUUUCUUCACAAUCCGGUACCCCCUAUGGUACCGGAAUAGGUCCUAGCGCGACCGGGGCUUAUUUAGCAUCAAAACAAUCAGUCGUGGGUCAUCGUCGUAAUAUGAGCGACACUUCGGCCUUCAACAAAGCAUACACCACAGAAACGUCACAGUUCCUAGCACCGUAUGAUGCCUCAAACAAUUACCAACCAGCAGAGACGGAAUCAAGUGCUAACGGCUCGGAACAAAACCUGCAUUCAAUACCCACAUCUUUUGAAUCACGUUCGUCUAAUCCUCAACUAAAUCUUACACAAAAUAAGCAGCAAACUUGGAAUCCUUUUGGCGAUCCCACUCCUUUCUCUCAAAUGACAGAAGACCACAUAUUUGGCGAAGAAUUUGACAAAAUCCGUCAAUUAGGAUCACAAGGCAGCCUUAAAACUCCUCUAGAUUCAACACCACAGCAUCCUUCGCUACCACUUGUUCAACCCACUCAAGUUUCAGUUGCGCCUGCCGCGUCAGCAAACACAAAUGUGCAAACUCAGUUUUCUCCGGAGAACAAUCCCGACACACCGGAAGACGAUCCGUUUAGUUCUGCUCCAUUCACGUUACCAGUACGAGACAAAUCUCGAUCUCUGAAGCUAGGAUCAAAACGCAUCAUUGUUAUCGACGGAGGUUUCUCCACACAACUGGAGUCCCACGUUGGUCAAGUCAUUGAUAAUGAUCCUCUGUGGAGUUGUCGUUUCAACGCCACUAAUCCGAACGCAGUGAUUGAAACGCAUACAGAUUUCCUUGAGGCGGGUGCUGACUGCAUUCUUACCAACACUUACCAGGCAUCGAUUGAAGGGUUCAUGGAUUUUCUCGAUAUGAAUGAAGAGGACAGCAUUAAACUAAUCAAAUCAUCGGUUGAGCUGGCCAAAAUAGCUCGUUCGCGUUAUUUAGCGGAAAAGUUGAAAAACAAAUCCCACAAAAUUCCGUGGGUAGUAGGAUCAAUAGGACCAUACGGAGCUCAUCUACACGAUGGAUCCGAAUACACCGGGAGUUACGUAGAUACCAUUCCACUUGCACGUAUCCAGAAAUGGCAUCGGCCUAGAAUUAAUGCCGUUAUCGAGAGCGGAGUUGAUGCUCUCGCGGUCGAAACCAUUCCAAGUCGCGGCGAAGCCGAGGCUUUAGUUGAACUAAUCACUGCUGAACAUCCUACCGUGCGGUUCUGGAUUUCUUUUCAUUGCAAAGACGGCAUCAAUACUGCCCAUGGAGAAAAUUUUGCCGAAACAGCGGUUGGUGUGUGGAACAAAGCACGGAUGCUGAAUAAUUCGAAUCUGUUGGCUGUGGGAAUAAAUUGUGUCCAUCCGGCACACACGCUGCCGCUGCUAAAGGCUGUGAACGAUUUGCAAAGUGAGGGGGAAAAGAUACCGUUGAUAGUGUAUCCUAACUCCGGAGAGGUGUGGAACGCGGGGAUAUGGACUGGUCAAGCCGAUUGUGUUCCGCUGGAAACGUACGUUCCGCAGUGGAUAGAGAUGGGUGUGAAAUUUGUUGGUGGUUGCUGCCGAACCACCGCUAGAGACAUCAAACGCAUCAAGAAGACGGUUCUUAGUCUCUACGGCGGACGAUGUUCCUAGGAGCAACUGACGCAACCGGAGGUUGACGAAGUCGUUGAAGUACUGUGAUGAACUGGUCAUUUUCGCUUCAAAUCGAAUCACUGUAUUGUUACAAUACAUAGACGGAUUACAAGAGAAUACGACAGUGAAGGUCCCUCCAUGCGAAGCAUUUGAAAAUAUUACCAUUCCACAAGAUUAUAAGUAAAUAUGUGGUAGGUAAGUGACAUUUCGAUUUAGCAGAUCACAAGUCAACAUACAUUUAUUGGCGCACGGCCACCAACCACUGCGAAAUUCGAGUUGUUUUGUUGCUGUAAUUAUCUCGUAGAUUUUUUCUCGCAGAUAUAGAACUUAAGCACAAGCUAUAUUGACCCUGACAAACUAGAAAAGCCUAAAUGGUAUGUGGUGAAGAUAGAGAAAAAGAUAGAGGUUGAUCAAAGGUAUGUGAUUGUAGAACGAAUUACUGUAAUGCUUGAAUGGUGGCGAAAAAGUAGUAUAUUUGUAUAUAAACAUAUAUAUUUUAAAUUCCCGCAAAAAACGAAAUAUAUAUUUACACGUAUUAACACACAAAAAUUGUUCCUGGUUACCCUUUUCUUCGACACCUAAUUGAGAAAUACGCUCAGAAAAAAAUAGUCAUAUCACUAUGACAUUAAUGCAGUUAGUUCAGAAAAUUUUCUGCACAUUCAAUUAUUAUAGGUUUCCCGAAAUGUUCUAGAAAAUUUCGAAUAAAAUUGUCCAAACAAAAAUUCAUUCAUUGUUUCAGAAAAUUUGACCCAUAAUAAUGUAUAGUAAUUCCACAUUAAAUAUUCAAUUAAGUAAAAACUUUCUCCUCAUGCCAGUCAAAUCAAACAAUUGUUUGAAUGCAGCUGACCACACCAACAAUGACAGCAAUAAAGUUUCGAGUAUCGUUGCAAUCAGAACAGCACUGCACUGUGUCAACACCGAUGAUGCAGCGUUAGAAAGAUCUGGUACUAUAUCGGUGAAGAAACAGCCUAUCGUUUGGCCGUUCUCCUUAUCUAGUCUAUCGAAUGCUUUCAACAGUGGAUAGUUUUACAACAGGCAGAAGAAAAAAAACUUUGAUUCGGUGCGUUUUGCAUUAAAUACAACAUUGUGCCAGCAAGGAUAAGGAUUUUCUUGUUGGUCUACUUUUAUACGAUUGGCUUGGCCUGAGUUAAAUGUAACUAACUGUAAAUAGCUUUAAUUUAUCAUUCGUUUGCUUCGAUUCAGUUCUAGUUUCAUAUGUAUACAUCAUUGAUUCGCAGAUAAGAGAUAUUUAAAUGUAAGAAAUAGUGAAAAAAUAUAUUUAUACACACGAUAACCAUUCUGUAUGUUGUUACUGCUUGUAAGCAUAAAACAGUUUCAAUUAAAGAGAAAACUGAACAAAACUAUGUCGUACAAUUGAAUGAGAUAUCCGAUGACCACGUGAAUGUUUUCAGUGUAUUAUGGACAGUGCAUAGAAAAUGAAAGAUAGGGACAGAGAGCACGAGAUUCUUUGUGAAAAGGCUUUUAGAAUAUGUUUGAAUGAGAUCGUUCGAAAAAAAAAACAUUAGAAAGCAAUAGAUCAAUUGUUACAACUAAUUCUAUCGUUCCAUUUUAAGUCUAAAGUAGCUCUCAACUAUCGUGAUUUCAAAUCCUACUGAAAGUACAUUCACUCGAUUGUUAUUUUUGCCCUCUACUACAUCACGGUGCCACACUUCACAAUCUCAAUGCACACCACUGCAAAGACAAAACGAUGGAAAAUAUUAAUUCAAAACAACUGAUUUCAUUGAGAAUCAAUACACUGAAGACAACACGAACCCGUGCUAUUCCAAACCAUACACACAUGAACAAAGGUAACACAUGAUAGUGGAAAUAUAAAUUAUAAAAGUGAAUAAAUUAUUUGAGCAGAACCAA